UUAGCAUUUAAAAUGUAGCAUUUUUAUAGAAAGGACAUCCACUCGAAGAAAUACAGUUGACUGGCCUGCACAAAUAUGGAUGGCAGAUCAGAAUUCCACACACCAAACUCCGGUAGCAAAAGAGGUGGAUGGAUCACCUUCCCCUUCAUCGCCGGGGCUUUUGUGGGGUUGACGCUGGCAUCUGGAGGAUGGCAGGCAAACUUGAUUGUGUAUCUCAUUCAGGAAUUUAAUGUGAAAAGCAUAAAUGCUGCUCAGAUAUCAAACAUUGUCAAUGGCUGCAUCAAUCUGUUUCCUGUCGUUGGAGCCAUUAUUGCCGACUCUUUUUUCGGUUCUUUCUUCGUUGCCUCAAUCUCAGCCUGCAUCUCUUUGCUGGGCAUAAUUCUUUUAGCUUUAACAGCAACUCUCGAUUCCUUGAGACCUCAGAAAUGUGAAAAUGGAUCAAGCUUCAGCUUCUGCAGUACACCAACCUCAAAAGUCCAAUAUACAGUGCUAUACACAGGUUUAGCACUGGCAUGUAUAGGGGUUGGAGGCACACGUUUUACCCUAGCAACAAUGGGAGCAAACCAAUAUGAUAAGCCAAAGGAUCAAGGGAUUUUCUUCAACUGGUAUUUCUUUGCUUUUUACACUGCUUCAGCAAUAAGCAACACGGCCAUUGUGUACAUUGAGGAUAAUGUGAGUUGGAGAUUGGGGUUUGGACUCAGUGCCAUCACUAACUUCAUUGGCUUGGCCUUUUUGCUUUUGGGAAAUCGAUUCUACACUCAUGAUGAACCUCAAGGGAGCCCAUUCACAGGUUUGGUUCAGGUUAUUGUUGCCACUAUUCGGAAAAGGAAAGUGCGGCUCUCCUCCAAAAUCGAGGAUUACUACUAUGGAAAAGAUGGAUCAAUCACAGAAAUAGUUACAACCCCCAAAAAAAGCUUCAGGUUUCUCAACCGUGCAGCAUUUAAAACAGAAGGAGAUGUUCAUGAAUCGGAUGGUUCAAUUGCAAAACCUUGGAGGAUAUGCACAAUGCAACAAGUACAAGCUCUCAAAACCCUGAUGAGAAUAUUCCCAUUAUGGUCAAGCAGUAUUUUCUUAGGUACUACAAUAGGAAUCCAGGCCAGUUUGACAGUCCUCCAAGCUUUACUCAUGGACCGUCACAUUGGGCCUCACUUCCAAAUCCCAGCUGGGUCUAUCCUAGUCGUGGUCCUAAUCUCCACGUCCAUCUCUCUCACCAUUAUCGAUCGUUUCUUAUGUCCUAUGUGGCAGAAGUUGACUCAUUCGUCUCCGACGCCCCUCCAACGAAUAGGGUUAGGCCACGUACUAAACAUUCUAAGCAUGGCCAUGUCGGCACUGAUGGAAUGGAAACGACUCCAAAUAACCCAAGCCCACAACCUCCAAGACCGCCCCGGUUCCAUAGUGCCCAUGUCCGCCUUGUGGUUGUUUCCACAACUAGCUUUGGUUGGCAUUGGAGAGGCAUUUCAUUUUCCAGGACAAGUUGCUUUGUAUUAUCAAGAAUUUCCCAAGUCCCUGAAAACUACAUCAACUGCGAUGAUUUCGUUGAUCGUUGCGAUUUCUUUCUAUCUGAGCACUGCAUUGAUUGAUCUUGUUCGCAGGGUAACUGGAUGGCUACCAGAUAAUUUGAAUGGUGGAAGGGUCGAUAAUGUAUAUUGGGCUUUAGUGGUGGUGGGAGUGCUCAACUUUGGUUACUAUUUGCUGUGCUCUUGUCUGUACAAGUAUCAGAACGUUGAAAAGGGGGAAGAUGAUACCAUUGGUGAAGAUGCCAGAGGUGGGUCUUGAAACUAUUUAUAGUCACUUUAUCUUACGAGUUGUGUUAUAUAUAGUCAUUUUUAUGUAUUUUUUAUA